AUGCCUGUGUCUGAUCCUACUUCUGGGCGCACGUUCAUAUGGAUCAUCGCUGGUCUUUUGUUCGUCUCUUUAAUGACAGGAGGGGCAUGCCUUGUGGCAUAUAUGGUCCUUCCUGAAUCAGAAACCACGUCUUGGAUACCUACACUUGGUGUCACAUUGGUUUGCCUACCAUGGGUGUUUUGGUUGCUCACCUUCAUAUACAGAAUCUUCUCUAGGUGUUUUGGAUGUAGAUUUAGCAUUGGUGGAGGUGCAGGUGCAGGUGCAGGAAAUUGUGCUGUAAAUGCAGAUGUGGAGGUUCCACCUCAUGCAAAAGGUGGUGGGUUGAAUAGGGCAUCAUCUGUUGCUUCUCACGAGAGUGAAAUGGCAUUGACAAAAUCUAUGGCCUAA